UAAACGGGGGAGGCCGUGAUGUUGUUGUUAGUGACUAAAUGCCAUAGAUUGCCUAAUGCAAUUCGGUGGUGAUUUCGGUGAGCUUACGUACUUAUUUACAUAUGUACAUACAUAUAAUUGGUCGCAAGAAUAUUUUAAGAGUGAAAAUUAUAGGUUAGCAAGUGUCGGCUGUCACCCUUUACGAUUCAGUAUUGGCGUGUACUCGGCACAUACGGAGCAGUAGUUGAUAUUCACGGCGCAAGCGAGCAAAGAAGAUCUGAAGAACAAAAACACUUUACUGUAUGUCGGACGGUCAGCGCUGUGUCUGUGAAUAAUCAUCACCAGCAAGAAAAAAAAUAUAAUUAACUAAAAAUCAAAAUUGUUGAGUCAAUUUCUACUGCAGUGUGCUGAGCAAAUACUGUUAUUUGACGAAACCUGAUUUAAUUGUGCGGUAUUCAAAGGUUAUAAAAAGGCGUGGAAAGUAUUUUUUUUCGGAAUUUCAGUAGUGUUCAAGAGAAAAAGUGUCUCAGUGUGUGUGCGCUGUUUCUGUGAAUCAGUUUUUAUAACAAAAUUUUUUGGAUAAGCCUAUGUCGAUAACCAGCUUCUAGUGGUGGUGUAAAAAAAAAUGCUAAAAAUCGGUUGCGAAAUUUCGAUUAUAAAAAAAAGAGUGUGAGUGUAAAAAAGUGAAGUAACACUACUCAUUGUUAACCGAUACAUGUGUGAAAAUCGCAGAUAACUUUGCAGGAAGUGAGCGAGAGUUGGAUUAGAGUGGCGCAGGAAGAGGAAACGAAUAGCAAGUGCAAGCAGGCAACGAGAGGAGCAAAGGAAGGAAAAAGUAUUGGUAGCGAUAGUAAGAAAAAAGCAGUAAAAGUAGCGGUACAGAAGGAUAUACUUGUAGAAGAAUAUAAAAGAAGAAGAAAAAGAAAAAGAAGAGGAAGAAAUAGAAGAAGAGGAGGAUGAAGGAAAAAGAGAGUAUAGCAGGCAGAAAUAGAGUAUUGGCUAAGCAAAAAUCAAAUAUAAAGAGUGAAGCGAAGAAGUUUAUUUAAAGUUAGCGGUACAUGAUGAGCAAUUGAUAAGAGCUACAGAUAUAAAGAGAUAGAUAAUAGAUUGAUAGCAAGAUUCGCAAAGUAAAAAAGCGGGAAACAGAGAGAAUCUAAUGAAGGAAAAUCAAGCAAAAUGUGCAAACUAAAGUACGAAUAGUUAAAAAUUAGCACAACUCGGAAGAAAUAAAAAAAUAAAAAAACAGCUGAACCUCAAUGCAGCAAUAACCAUAGUAGCUAAGAUAAGAGGGAAAAAAAAUUCAGUGAAAAUUACAUAAAAGCAAACAGCGAUUGAAACCGCAGCGGAAUUUACAACCAUAUCCGACUCAAAACGGAGUAGAAACUGAGUCGAAAACUUUCGCAGCAGCAUUGACAUAGAACUAAUGAUUAAUUACGCGCAUUUUGUACAUACCAUGUUCCCUCACAUAUUUGGAAUGAGAAAACUUGAUAUUUGAAAGUCGAACAAAAUGGAUAAACGCUCAAACGUAGCAAGAACAUACUUAAGCAGUUGAUAAAGAAUACGAAAAAUUUCAAUUCACACACUUACUAGUAAUUUUCAAACAAGAAAACAAAAAAAAUUAUAAGUAAACUAAAAUUCUACGUACGAAAAGAUCGAGUAGGAAAUUAUGCACGCAAGAGAAUACAAAAAUCGUUGAAAGAAAACAAGAAUUAUUCUUACUUUAACAAAACUAAAAGUAAUUGCUAAUCUCUCUAUCUCACUAAUAUAUAAACGAUUCUAGCCGUUCUACGCUUGUCUUCACUAUAUAAAACUUUAAUAAAGCAGAAAAAGUAAAGAAAGUAAAAAUUACAAGAAGCAAACACCAGCAUAUUGCAAUUAAAAAAUAAAAAAAUAUUUAGUAGUAGACAAACAAAUUCAGGGAGCGCCAUAAAUUGCAUAGAUAAAAUUGCUUUAAAUUAGCUACGCUGGCACUGGUAUCUUCCGUACGCUUCCAACGCCGCCGUAGAAGAAGUAAAUUGCAACAAAAAAAAAAUAUAUAUAUAUAAAAGAAAGUAAACAUUUAAAAAGAAAUUCAAGAAAAAAGCUCCAAAAAAAAUUCUACACAUGCGUGUGAAAUUUCCAUUUUGCAAUAAUACAUACAUAACUACUUACUUACAAUCCAUGUCUACCGUAAGCUCUAGAACGCCACGUACCACCAAAACGGAAAGCGAAUAGAAAACUCAUCGAAAACCACACUAGCAACUAACUGUAAUUUAAAUAUCUAAUAGCAAAAUAACAGUAAAUAGUGCAGUCAAAUCGAACAACCACAAACCAUUCCAUUGUAAACUACGCAAUUCUAGUUCUAACCUAACUAUCUAACAAUUAAACGCAAUUUGAAAAAAUCAAAGUAAACUCUACCCAACUACUUACAAUAGAUAUAUAUAUAUAUAUAUAUAUAUACACAUAUAUAGAAAUACUACUUACCCUAUAUACUAUACAUACCAUACGAGUUGAAGCAAAUAAAUUACAUUAAAAAAAAAACAUAAAUAAAUUACAAAAUCCAACAAACGCGAAAUGGAGGGUUCAAAUAGUACACGUGAAAUGUUGCUGCUCAAUGGGCAUGCCGAAGGUGCCGCGCAUCACUUGGGCCUAACAAAUGGUGGCGCUAGCGGUAGCAACAGUUUGCCAGCUGGUAAUGUAAAAACCGAUCACUUUAAUGGUGAUGAUAUAUCGUCUAGCAGUUUUAUGUCCAUUCCACAAUUCUAUGCGGGACGUAGUGUAUUCAUAACCGGAGGUACUGGAUUUAUGGGAAAGGUUCUUGUUGAAAAACUAUUGCGUUCAUGUCCAGACAUAAAAAAUAUUUAUCUAUUAAUAAGACCCAAACGGGGACAAGAAGUCUCAGCGCGUUUAAAUGAGCUGCUUAAUGCACCGCUUUUUGAAACAUUGCGAAGAGAGAAACCAAAGGAAUUGAGUAAAGUUAUUCCUAUAUCUGGUGAUAUAACAUCCGAGGAAUUGGGCAUCUGUGAAAAUGAUCAGGCGCUACUUUGUCGCACAGUAUCCAUUGUAUUCCAUUCAGCUGCCACCGUGAAAUUCGAUGAAAAGCUCAAAUUAUCUGUCACAAUCAACAUGCUUGGGACAAAGCGUUUGGUUGAGUUGUGCCAUCGCAUGAUGUCUUUAGAUGCACUUAUACACGUCUCCACUGCCUAUUGCAAUUGCGAUAGAACCGAGGUAUCAGAAGUUAUAUAUGCACCACCCUAUAAUCCCGACGAUAUUAUUUCUUUGAUCAAUUGGCUUCCUGAGGAUAUGCUCGAUCAGCUAACCCCAUCGUUGAUUGGCAAACGCCCCAAUACGUAUACAUUUACGAAAGCCUUAGCGGAGCAUAUGCUACUCAAAGAAGCUGGCAAUCUGCCUGUGGCCAUUGUGCGGCCUUCUAUAGUGAUUGCCAGUUUGAAUGAACCAUUCGCCGGUUGGGUGGAUAAUUUUAAUGGUCCAACUGGUUUGGUAGCCGCCGUCGGUAAAGGUCUAUUUCGCACAAUAAUGUGUGAAAAGAAUUAUAUUGCCGAUAUGGUACCUGUCGAUAUUGUGAUUAAUUUAAUGAUUGCCGCAGCAUGGCGCACAGCGACGAGAAAAACUGAUAAUUUAGCGAUAUAUAAUUGUUGUACCGGACAACGACACCCCAUACAAUGGGGCGAAUUUGUUGGUUAUGCCAUGAAACAUGUACGAAAGCAUCCACUAGAGGGCUGCCUGUGGUAUCCGACGGGUGUGUUACGCAUGAAUCGUCCAUUAAAUGCAGCACAUGGCUUCCUUGUACACUACUUACCGGCCUAUAUAUUGGAUAUUGUAGCGCGACUGAUGGGCAAGAAGCCAUUCAUGGUAAAUAUACAAAAUAAAAUCGCCAAAGCUGUUGGUUGCUUGGAAUACUUUGCUACACACCAGUGGCGAUUCAGAGACGACAACGUGCACGCACUCCUCAAUGCGCUGAGUCAGAAGGAUCGCGAAACGUUUGUGUUCGAUGUGCGCACCAUUAACUGGGAGAACUAUGUCGAGCGUUAUGUAUUGGGCUUUAGGGAAUUCUUAUUUAAACAACGUCCAGAAUCGCUGCCUGCGUGUCGAAAGCGUUUGAUGCGAUUGUACUAUCUGCAUCAGCUGACCAAAGUGGUGGCGGUGAUGUGCACUUGGCGCUUCCUAAUGGCGCACUCGAAACGUUUGAAUGCCUUAUGGACGGCAUUUUUGCAGAAUGUUUUCAAACUUAUACGAUUAAUACAAUUUUUGUAAUAUUCAAAUGGGCGGAGCAGUGCAGUUGAAUUAUAUAUAAUAUAUAAAUAAAUAUGUAGCAGCAAAAGCAGUGGGGAGAAGUAAUAACAAACGCUCUUAUGCUGGUAUAAUUGCAUAUAUAAUUAAAUUAAUUGUAUGAAAUGUUUAGUUGAUACAAUACAUACGUAUAUAUUUGUAUAUGUAUAUAUAUAUAUAUAUAUAUAUAUUAUUUUUAUAUUAUUAUAUAUAUAUAUAUAUAUAUAUUAAUAUAUACAGAUAUAUAUACAUAUAUGCAUAUAUUAUUAUAAAUAUAUUUUUUGUUAUUGUUUUUUUCUAUAUAUUUUACGGCAGUUAAGUUUAAAUUAAUUUAAUUAUUUUCCAUUAUAAUUUUUGUAUUGUAAUAAAAUUGUAAACGAACAAAGGAGUAAAAAGAAAUAAAUCUAUUAAAACAACAAAAAAAAAAAAUAAGUCGAAGGGUUAAUAGUAGUAAAGCAAAACUAAAUAAUAAACAAAUAUAAAAUACAAAGAAAUGCGUAGACAUAUUAGUGUGUGAGAUUAAAAAUUAAAAAACAAAAAAAAAACUAAAUAAAUAAUAAUAAAUAUUUGCAAUUACGCUAAAGCAUAUACAGCUAUAGUAUAAUGAGAAUUAUUUAAAAUGUGGUACCAAAUACAGAAGCGCAUUAAGUAAAUAAAUAAAUAAAUAAAUUAAAGAAAUAAAGUGCAAAUGCAAAAUUUACAUACAAAUAUUAAAACAAAAACAAAAACAAAAUUUUUUGUAUGAACCUUAAGCCAAGCAAUGCAGCACAAGUGUAUGUAUUUCGCCUUUUUAACUUUCAGCAGAAAAUUUUUCUUUGCAAUUUGCAUACAAAACUGCAAAAAAACGAAAACAAAUAUUUUUUAUAGUUUGCUGCUUAAAUUUAAUAAUAUAAAAUUUUUUCAAUUGGUUUGCCAUGCAAAGCAAUAAAAACAAUUUCAUUGGCAUAUAAUUAGAUAAAGUUACAAACAAACUAUUAUAUAUACGAUUAUAUACAAACAUACGCAUAUAUUAGCAUGUAUGAAAUAUUUCCAAUAAAGACACUAGCAAGUGAAAUGGUUUAGUUUUAACAAAUAAAAGUUAAAUUUAAUUUACCAAAAUAAAUAAAAUACAAAAAAAUUAAUAAAAAAGCGCAAUUGCAAGUAAAACGAAAUUAUUUAACUAAAAAUGCAUGGAAGAGCAACUAAAUAAAAGCAUUAUAAGUCUAAUAGCAAUCGUAGUUUUACAAUUAAUUAAUUAAUUAAUUAAUUAUAUAUUGAGCAUUUGGUUAGAGCGUAAUAAAAAUAAAACAGAAAACUAAACAAAAUUUAAUAAAAAUUAAUUGAAAACAAAAAAAUAAAAAAUGGAAAUGUAAUUAAAGCAGACACGUCAAAUUUCGAAGCGCAUAGUAAGUAUAAAUUAUUAAAGAAAUAAAAAUAAUA